UUGAAAGUCUGAAACAGUUUUUGUUACUGACCUGGCAUGUUAUCGUUUUAUAUAUAAGGACUGGGGGGCAGAUCACUCCAUUCCCUCUUCCUUGUCACUCUUCCGCUUUCUCUUUCUUCCAUGCUCAACAAUCCCCGAUUCCUGAAACCCUAUUUUUCACUUUCAUCAAUUUAAUCUGAAAACAAUGGAUUAUAAAUAUCAUUCAAUGGAGGAAAGAUCUUCUACAAAUUAUUAUUCAUUUUCUUCUCCUUCAAAUGAUUUUCCCUAUCGUAACAUGUCUUUCUAUCCUCACCAAGCAAUUCAAGCGGAUAUAAGUCCAACCCUAAUGCGCCGAGAGAAUCACAUGAACCCUAACCCUGCUGAUUUCCAGCGAAUUCAGCGGGAAGUGGAAAAGGAGAAAAUUCGUGCCGAAAUAAUCGCCGAGGAGCUUCAUAGGAGAAAAAUUUUGGAGGAUGAAGUUAGAAGAGAGUUGAUGCUUGAGAGACAAAUUGCUUUCAGACGAGGUCGAACUCUGGAUUUAGAAAUUGGAUCGUCAACAAUGCCGUUUCAAUCUGGGGUUCCAUGGUUGAUGAAUUCCGAACACCGAAUUGGCGGUGAAGUUGGGUUUCUAUCUGAAACGAUGCCGUUUCAAAGGGAUCCUGUUUAUGCGAGUAAUGUGAAUAUGAUUGGGACUGGGAAUGAAUUACCUUUAGGCGUUAAAUUGAAGGAGCUUAAGAAUUUAAGGGGUCCUGUUUCUGCUACACAUGGGAAUACCGAUAAUAUCUUCUUGGCAAAGCCCAAUGUAUCUGAUUCGAAGCGUAAAGCAACUACAGCACCAACUGUUCCAAUGGCUGACCUAUCUGCUGGGUCAAAGAAGCCAAAAACCAUGGAGUGGAGUUGCUCUUUAUGUUGUAUUACUGCAACAAGCGAGCGAGCGUUGAAUGAUCAUCUGCAGGGAAAGAAGCACAAGACUCGAGCGAAUGAAUUAAAUUCGCAGAUGACAGGCUUUGGUAUUCUCCCUAUACCAAAGAUGGACCAGAUUACAGAUAAGCCUAACAAAGUAACUGGCAUCAGUAAAAAUUCAAGCUCUAAGAAGCAAGUCGAUAGACAAUCUGGCAAAUUAUCAUUGGGGCCAGUUGACAAUGCACCAUCAAAAGAACAACCAGGAACCAAGGAAAAGAUUACGCAUUUGCAGGUGCAAACGAAAUCCAUUGUGAAAGGUAAAAACAGAAAGGAACCUAGUUCCCGAAAAGCAACUGGCGGUAAACUAACAAAGAAGCCUAAAUUUUUCUGUAAAACAUGUCAAAUUGAAGUUCAAUCAUUGAAAGUGCUGAAUGCCCAUAAGAAGGGCAAACGACAUCUUGCCAAAGUUACAAAGUUUGGUAAAACCAGUGAAAUCUCAGCACAUGAAGCAGCAGCUGAGACAAAGAUGGAAAACAAGAAAUCAGACAUGGCUAGCUUUGUGGAGCAAUAUGUGGUCGACAAAUGGAAAGAAGCAAAUGUUGCAGCAGCCGAGACAAAGAUGGAAAACAAGAAAUCAGACACGGAUAGCUUUGUGGAGCAAUAUGUGGUCGACGAAUGGAAAGAAGCAAAUGUUGCAGCAGCCGAGACAAAGAUGAAAAACAAGAAAGCAGUCACGGCUAGCUUUGUCGAGCAGUAUGUGGUCGACGAAUGGAAAGAAGCUAAUGUUGCUGUGACUGAAGAAACAGAAAAUGAAGUUGAGGUAAAAUUGGAAGUAAUAGCCAUUUCGGAUGUGAGAGAAAAAGAGAACAAGAGUAAUGUGCUUGAAAACAUUGAUGGUGAUCUAUCAGUUGAAGCUGGUAAGGAAUGACAAAAAUAAAUGAUUGUGAAGAAACUAGCAAGACAGUGAAGAAGCAAGCGAUGUCAAAAUGCUUCAUUGUAGUUAGCAUGCCAAAAAAACUCUAAAAUUAUAUUUAGAUAGAAUUUUGGGAAAGAAAAGGAAAGGAAAGAAACAGAGCAGAGUGGAGAGGAUAGAAGUGAAAAUUAUGGUGUUUUCAUUACAAAUUUUUCCGUUGUCAAGAGCCCCCCCUCAAGGCUCAAGCUCCUUCUUUUUCAUUUUUCCUUUACUUCAUUUCACUUUUGUUCCUUUCUUUUCCACUAUUUUCUCAUCCAAACAUAGUAAUGUGCUUGGGUUUGCGAUACUCUUGCACUCUAGUUUUGGAUUAUUUUACAUUUUGCAUAAAAUACAAAAUUAGUGGUAAGUUCAGGUUAUAUAAAUAUAGGGAAACUCUAUCUUUCACAACUUAAAUUUUUCAAAUUGAAAAGUUUGAGUUGGGUCAAACUAGUUUCAUUUAGGUUUGACAAGCUUAAAUUUAACUAUGGUUAAAUGUUUAAAAAAAGAAUUAGCUUUGAUGAUAAGUCUGAUAAGAUUAAUUUGUGCUCGUUAGAGCUCAUAAGUUUUAGUCUAAAUUGAUUGUAACGACAUAAAAUGAAAGGCUUGAUAUCUAACUUUCCGGUUACCGGUGUACAUAAAAACUUGGGGGGAGGACUGAAUUCUACUACUUUUAGAGCUAAACUAAUUUGACCUAUUUAUUUACCUUUAAUGCAGGCAAGGUCGUAUAUUGUAGGGUUCUGCAUUCCUAUAGUUAAGCAUUCUGAAAACAUGAAUUACUCAUUUUACAUUAUAUGUAUUUUUUAUUUGUCUUUUUUAUUUUAUAUUAUUAUAUU